AGUUACCUUACCUGCAAGUCUUGCAACCUUUCACUAUUCUCGUCUCAUAUUAUAUAUACAUGUGUACAAAGAGUGCCUCUUGCUACUUCAACUCUAUCCUUCUUCACACUUUUCUUUCCUCCAUUUAAUUUGUUGCCCCAUUCUUUCUCAAACAACUAACCCCAAACAACAUGAAGGUGCUGAGCUUCUGCUCCAUUUUCCUGCUUUUGGAUUUGCUUUUGGUUGCUGCGGAGGACCCUUAUAGGUUCUUCGACUGGACCAUUACCUACGGAGACAUUUAUCCUCUAGGAGUUAAACAACAGGGUAUUCUUAUCAAUGGCCAAUUUCCGGGUCCUGAAAUCUACUCUGUUACCAAUGACAACUUGAUCAUCAACGUACACAAUAACUUGCCUGAGCCGUUUCUUCUAUCAUGGAGUGGUGUUCAGCAAAGGAGAAAUUCUUAUGAAGAUGGAGUUUAUGGAACAACAUGCCCCAUCCCUCCUGGGAAGAACUUCACCUACACACUUCAAGUCAAAGAUCAAAUUGGAAGUUUCUUCUAUUUCCCAUCUCUUGCUUUCCACAAGGCAGCUGGUGGCUUUGGUGGCAUCAAAAUCCUUAGCAGGCCAAGGAUUCCUGUCCCAUUCCCAGACCCAGCUGAUGAUUUCACCCUUCUUAUUGGAGAUUGGUACCAAAUUGAUCACAAGAAGCUGCAGAGCGUUCUAGAUUUUGGACAUAAACUUCCAUUCCCUCAAGCCGUUCUUAUCAAUGGUCGUGCAAACGGCACAGCAUUCACAGUUGAACAAGGGAAAACAUACAGGCUUAGAAUAUCCAAUGUUGGACUUCAAAACACACUCAACUUCAGGAUUCAAGGCCACAGCAUGAAGUUGGUGGAAGUUGAGGGAACUCACACCAUACAGACCACGUAUUCCUCGUUAGAUGUUCACGUGGGACAGUCUUAUUCUGUGCUUGUCACAGCUGAUCAAGCACCCAAGGACUACUACAUUGCAGUCUCCACUCGUUUCACCAACAAGAUCCUCACAAGCACUGCCACCCUUCACUACAGUAACUCCCAGCAACCUGUUUCUGGCCCAAUUCCUGGCGGCCCAACCACUCAAAUCGAUUGGUCCAUUGAACAAGCUCGUUCAAUCAGGACAAACCUGACUGCAAGUGGACCAAGGCCAAAUCCACAAGGCUCAUACCAUUACGGUCUCAUUAACAUUAGUAGGACAAUUACCCUGGAGAGCUCAGCAGCACAAGUGAAUAAGAAACAAAGAUAUGCAGUGAACAGUGUAUCAUUCAUACCCGCUGACACUCCUCUGAAGCUAGCAGAUUACUUCAACAUUAGUGGGGUUUUCAAAGUUGGAAGCAUCCCAGAUACCCCUUCUGGUAAACCCAUGUAUCUUGACACCUCGGUCAUGGGUGCUGAUUUUCGAGCCUUCGUCGAGAUCGUGUUUCAGAACCACGAAAGUAUCGUCCAGAGCUGGCACAUUGACGGAUACUCAUUUUGGGUUGUAGGAAUGGAUGGUGGUGUGUGGACGCCUAAUAGUCGUAACCAGUAUAACCUAAGAGAUGCAGUAUCUAGGUGCACAACACAGGUGUAUCCUAAAUCAUGGACCGCAAUAUAUAUGGCUCUAGAUAAUGUGGGUAUGUGGAACGUGAGGAGUGAAUUUUGGGCACGACAAUACCUUGGACAACAAUUCUAUAUGCGAGUGUAUUCACCAGUUGGAUCCGUCAGGGAUGAAUAUCCAAUUCCAAAGAAUGCUCUUCUAUGUGGCAAAGCUGCAGGCAGAACAAUCAGAUCUCUAUGAGAAUCGUAUCUCUAACACCAGACAUGUCUAUCAACAGCCUAGUAGAGACUCUCUUGGUCUCAUUCUUUGCAAAUUCGUCUACCAUUUAUUUGUUUUUCUACUUAAUCUGUCACCCUCCUGUCGUGAUAAUAAUUAAAUUACCACCAUUGAUUUAUUUUUUUAAUGAAUAAAUAAAUUUCUCGGAUGUAUUAGAGAAUUUCUGUUUUAUGCCAUAAUAAGAUAAGAUGAUGCAAACUAGAUCCAUCAUCUGCAUGUGUUUCCUGAGUA